AUGCGGUCCCGAAGUGUACAAGCGCGUCUUCCCUUCCCCGUCGUCCUCGCCAUCCACGGCGCCCCCGACGCCUGGCCCGAGGACCUCUCCAUCAAGCUCGACCUAUCACGCAACCUCGACCCGGCCAAGGGCCUCGCGCCCUUCGAGACCGUCUGGCUCAACGCCACCAACGUGCGCAAGGGCCUUCCCGAGGACGAGGGCACCUACUUCGCCACCGUGGGCUUGCUCGAGGCGGCGGGGACCCCACGCGGUCCAACUACCUGCGGUACGAGAUCCAGUUCACCCAGGACUGCGCCGCGGGGGCUCGCCGCGCAGAGGAUGGCGGACGAGGACCUCAUCACGGGAGAGGACGGCGGCUACGGCACCGUGUAUUUCGAGCUGGACGACGACAAGGGCGUCGAGCCCGACGUGAGCGCGUCCAAGGACGACGGGGAACGGUGCCGCGUCGACUUCCCCGAGGACCUCGGCGCGCGCGUGGCUGCCAAGCUGCUGGAUAUCGGCAAGUGCGCCAACGAGACGACCAAGUCGGCCGAGCACGACGUGUACUGCAAUAGCAAGCCGAUCCUCGUCGAGGGCCAGACUGUCGCGGCGGAGGACAGCGAUAGCGAGGGCGGAGAGGGAGAAGGCGGCAGCACGGGACGAGGAGGUCAGGGGGCUCCGAGGGGAGUGACGGCGGCAACGGUUCUGGUGCUGCGAUGGCCCGGCACAGCAUGA